AUGGCCAAGACUAAUCCGCCGGACGGAGGAGGGUCCGAUGCAAAUGACAAUACAUUCAUUCGUCACAGAGUGGCACGUCCUCCGAAGGAGGGUCUGCUUAAGGAGUUCAAGUCGGUGAUUCAAGAAACUUUCUUCCACGAUGCGCCUCUGAGGGAUUUUAAGGACCAAACAGCAUCUAAGAAGGUGUUGCUCGGGAUCCAAGCUGUCUUCCCAAUCAUUGGAUGGGCCAGAGAGUACAAUCUUCGAAAACUUAGAGGAGAUGUCAUUUCUGGUCUCACCAUUGCCAGUCUGUGUAUCCCUCAGGAUAUUGGAUAUGCAAAGCUCGCGAAUUUGGAUCCAAAAUAUGGACUUUAUUCGAGCUUCGUGCCACCACUGGUGUACGCGGGCAUGGGGAGUUCUAGAGAUAUUGCGAUCGGACCAGUGGCGGUGGUGUCUCUUCUUCUUGGCACUCUGUGCCAGGCCGUGAUCAACCCGAAAGAGAAUCCUGCGGAAUAUCUCCGCCUUGCCCUCACCGCCACUUUCUUUGCUGGCGUUUUCGAAGCUGGCCUUGGUUUUCUCCGGUUGGGAUUCCUGAUAGACUUUCUGUCACAUGCGGCUGUGGUUGGGUUCAUGGGAGGAGCAGCCAUUACAAUUGCUCUCCAACAACUUAAGGGCUUUCUUGGCAUCAAGAAGUUCACCAAGAAAACUGAUAUUGUUUCCGUCAUGAAAUCCGUAUUUGCGGCUUCUCGUCACGGGUGGAAUUGGCAGACGAUAGUCAUCGGUGCCAGUUUCUUGACCUUCCUACUUGUCGCCAAAUACAUUGGGAGGAAGAACAAAAAAUUAUUUUGGGUUCCGGCAGUUGCUCCUCUUAUUUCCGUCGUUGUCUCCACUUUCUUUGUCUUUAUAAAAAAUUAUGCGGACAAACAAGGAGUCCAGAUUGUGAGGCAUAUAGAUCAAGGAAUAAAUCCGAUUUCAGUUGGUAAGCUUUACUUUUCCGGAAAAUAUUUUACCGAAGGAAUCCGAAUUGGAUUAGUUGCUGGUAUGGUAGCCCUAACGGAAGCCGUAGCAAUUGCAAGAACGUUUGCCGCACUGAAAGACUAUCAAAUCGAUGGAAACAAAGAGAUGAUCGCAUUGGGUACUAUGAACAUUGCUGGUUCACUCACUUCUUGUUACAUUGCCACAGGUUCAUUCUCGCGAUCUGCCGUGAACUACAUGGCGGGAUGCCACACAGCUGUUUCAAACAUUGUGAUGGCCAUAGUGGUAGCUCUAACAUUAGCGUUCAUUACACCGCUCUUCAAGUACACACCAAACGCCAUCCUCGCAGCAAUCAUUAUAUCAGCCGUCCUUGGUCUUAUUGACAUCGAAGCAGCAAUCCUCAUAUGGAAGAUCGAUAAACUCGACUUCGCGGCUUGCAUGGGAGCUUUCUUGGGAGUUGUUUUCGUUUCAGUCGAAAUCGGUCUCUUGAUUUCCGUGGUGAUAUCAUUUGCGAAGAUUCUGCUGCAAGUGACGAGACCAAGAACAGUGGUUCUAGGGAAGCUUCCAAGUACGAAUGUGUAUCGGAACACUCUGCAGUAUCCAGAUGCUGCCAAGAUUCCCGGAAUCUUGAUCAUUCGCGUUGACUCUGCCAUCUACUUUUCCAACGCCAACUAUCUCCGAGAAAGGAUUUUAAGAUGGUUGCGAGAAGAAGAAGAAAAAGCUAAAGCAGCAUACAUGCCGGCAAUCAAGUUUCUGAUUAUUGAGAUGUCACCGGUUACAGAUAUUGAUACCAGUGGUAUCCACUCCAUUGAAGAACUUCACAAGAAUCUCGAGAAGAGACAAAUCCAGUUGAUUCUUGCAAAUCCCGGACCAGUGGUGACUGAGAAGCUUCAUGCUUCUAGGUUUGCUGAUGAGAUUGGAGAGGAGAACAUCUUCCUUAGCAUUGGCGACGCGGUAGCAACUUGUUCUCCCAAAUUGGCUGAGCAACAAGCAUAA